AUGGAGGAGAACGGAGAUGAAGGCAAGGAUGUUACAGCUGAAGAGCAGAAGGGAUACAAGGCUGAAGACCAGGGUGCUGAGAACUGGGAAGAUGAGUAUGAGCCUCAGCCUGUGAUGGUGCCACCCAAGAACAGCCAGUGGUUGGGUUGCCAUCUGGUCAUUCUUCUGCGAGCCAUCAGGGCAGCAGAGAAACACAAGCGGGGCAUCAUGGAGAAACUGAAGGACGUUGUGAGUGGGGAAGACCCUGAGGAUAAAUACUUAGAAUUGCAGGAACUCGUCCAAGGGGCGUCAGGAACAGUUUAUCGGGCUAUUGAGAUGUCCAGAGGACAGGAGGUGGCUAUCAAGCACAUUAACAUCCAGAAAGAGGCAGAGGUGGUUCUCCUGAAUGAAAUCAGGUUCAUCAAGGGCAACAAGAGCCCAAACCUUGUCAACUACUUAGACAGCUACAUGGCAGGUGAGGAGCUGCCGAUUGGGAUGGAGUACCUGGAUGGAGGAUCCUUGGCUGAUGUUGUCCUGGAGCUGUGGAUAGAGGAAGAGCAGACAGCAGCCAUCUGUAGGGAGUGUCUGCAGGGCCUGGACUUCCUGCACUCCAACAGCAUCGUCCACCGUGACAUCAAAAGCUACAACAUCCUGCUGGGCAUGGACGGGGCCGUCAAAGUGGCUGACUUUGGACUCUGUGUUCCGCUCACCUCCGAGAAGAGCAAGAUGAGGGAGUGCGUUGGGACCCCUCACUGGAUGGCGCCAGAGGUGGUUAAGAGGGAGCCUUAUGGUCCCAAGGUGGACAUUUGGUCCCUUGGGAUCACUGCCAUCGAGAUGGCAGAAGGAGAACCACCUUACAGCCACGAACAGUACAGCAGGGUGGGAACCCUGAUAGCCACCAAGGGGAGCCCAGAGCUGCAGAACCCAGGGCAGCUGUCAGCUGAGCUGCUGGACUUCCUGCAGCACUGCCUGGAGGUGGAUGUGCAGAGGAGAUGGUCUGCCAAGGAGCUUUUGGAGGAACAUUUGUGCCUCCCACCUGAUGAUAUCAUAGAUUUGAAGAUGUGAAUGGACACUUCUGCCAUCACUGCUGCACUCUGGCACUGCGAUAGCUUCACAUUCCCCUUUCCCACCCCAAAUUUCCUUCCAUGGUCACACAACCAUGCAGAGCACAAUAUCAGACCCAGUCAUUGGGCACAGAUGAAAGAGCAAGCAGCAAAUCUCUUGGUGGAUUGUUUCCCUUCCUGUCAGAUCAACAUCAACCAACUCUCUGUAUCUGUGCAGUUGAUGCAUCUGGAACAGAGUGGGAACACACAGCUGGGAGCUAGGCAGGAGCAGCUUUCAGCUUGGUGAAACUGAAUUGACAACAUUUUGCUCAUGCUAACCAUGAUUAUCAGUGUCAGCUGCUCAGCAAAGAGAGCUUGUCCAAAAAGUGGUCAGAGAAUUUUGGUUCUCAGAAUGGACUUUGCAAGGUAUCAGCUCAGGCUGGCAAUGGAAACAAUUUCUGUUCUGUUCUAUGAACACUUCCCCUUCCCUUUGCCAAGGACAGGUCUUACACUGUGUGCUAGUUUGAACCUAGCUGGGACAUUUUGGUGAGAAGAAUUAGAUGCUAGGCUGUGAAAAGGGAGCAGUGGUGAUGUCUGCUGAACUCAGGCUUGCUGAGAUGGAUAAAAACAAGAACACAAAUGCAGAUAACAGAGUUGCUUUCUGUCUCUUGGGGCUGCAUGAACUUCUCUCUAACCUAACUUGCUGCCUGACUAAUCCUUCUGCUUCCUAACCCCCCUGGCUGAGCCUCCAAACUCACCCUUGAACGUAAGGCAAAGUCUGAGAUAAGGUAGAGGGGUGGACAGGAGAUGGAAGGGUGGUUGGGAGCCUAUCCAGGGCACUCUGGUUUCUGGGAGGGCUGCUGUGUUUCUGUACUACUGGUUAAUGUGUGAAGUUCAGUAUCUAUUGUACAUACCUGCUUGUGUAUUGUGCUGAGCUGUAACUAUAAAGCUUCAUUCCAUUUCCAGUGAC